AUUCUGGCGAACUCCGUGUUAAUUUUUCAAAGAAGUUAGUGGGUGAUUUUUCCCGAAAUAAAUUUAACUUUAAACGGUAAAAGGCGCGGCUUUCUACAGAUAUCGAAAGCCGAAUUGUUUCUGUGCCAAGAUUAUUAGUAUAUUACUACUUUAUCGGGGAUCGAUUGAUGAUGAACCAGUGUGACCAGGCGAGAGACGGGGACCGGGACGCCGGCGAUCUGGAGACUUCGACGGGCGCGCGGGAGGAGAAGAGCGACGGGGACGGAGGUCCUGUGAACAGCAACAACAACAACUUCAACAACGGGCGGAGGAAGACCAUCUCUCCAGGGGCAGGGGAGCACCCGCUCCAGUACAACUACACAUUCUGGUACUCCCGUCGCACGCCGAGUCGGCCCGCCAACACGCAGAGCUACGAGCAGAACAUCCGGCAGAUCGGCACCGUGGCUUCGGUGGAGCAGUUCUGGAAAUUUUACAGCCACUUGGUUCGUCCUGGGGACCUGACGGGGCACAGCGAUUUCCACUUGUUCAAGGAGGGAAUUAAGCCUAUGUGGGAGGAUGAGGCCAACAAGAAUGGUGGGAAGUGGAUCAUCCGCUUGCGGAAGGGCUUGGCUUCCCGUUUCUGGGAGAACAUCAUCUUGGCCAUGCUGGGAGAGCAGUUCAUGGUGGGAGAAGAGAUCUGUGGGGUCGUGGUGUCCAUCCGCUUCCAGGAGGACAUCCUGUCGAUAUGGAACAAAACAGCCAGCGAUCAGGUGACCACGUCCCGGAUCCGAGACACGCUGCGUCGGGUCCUGAACCUUCCCCCGAACACCAUCAUGGAGUACAAGACCCACAAUGACAGUCUCAAAGACAAUUCGAGUUUCCGGAACACAAAGAUCACGUUGUGAAGGAGCAGACGGCAGUGGGGACACGCUUGCUUUCCCUCUUUUGCUCGGACCAAACAUGCGACUGACAUUGGUUCAAACGCACAGGGAAUCACUGUGACGUGAUGGACACCUUCUGGAGAGGGAGGGGGAGGAUGCUCUGUGCAAGGUGGGGCUGUGGCCCCAGGGACCCCUAAGCGAGACCCCCUCAGUGAGGCCAUCUUCGGCUUUGGCGUAGCGACCACCCAGCUACACACUGAACCCUGAACAGCUCUUCACACCAACUACUGGACACACAGUUAAACCAAAUGUUUUGUUUGUCCCUAAAGCUCCUCCUGGGCACGUUUAUCUGCAGUUCAAGUUGAUUUUUCUCUUCUCUCUGUGUGUGUGUGUGUGUGUGUGUGUGUGUGUGUGUGUGUGUGUGUGUGUGUGUGUUUUUACAGUUUGGGAAGAGAUUCCGGUUCAUUUUCAGGGCAUUUACACAUGUUCAUGUUGUCACUCAGAAGAAUAAAAUGUAUUUCAGGUCACGUGGGUUCAAUUGGUCUGAAUGUAAAGUGAAGAUGGAGUCCACAUUCGUGAGCAGAAGUUUCUGUCAACACCCCUGCAGUGUUAAAAUGACACCAAUUGCAAGUUGUAAAGCAUUAAGUGCAUGAAAACCCGUGUUAAAGGAAAAAUAAUUUGGCUAGAGGUUGGCAGGUCUUGCAUGAUGUGAUGAAGAUGCAGUGUUCUUCUGGUGGUGUCAGUGUGGAUGAGCGUGCUGAUGGGGGGGGGGGGGGUCUAUCCUCCAGCACUUUAGGGGGGUAACACAUUUCACCUUUCACUUUUGUUAAAUUGUAUUCAGUAACAAUAAAAUGUAGGUUUUGCUUUGAAGGAGUGUUCACACAGAGCUUGGGUUGGGUCCAAAAAUUACUCAGCUGAUGUAUUUUUCUAGUUAUUUACUUGUAAUACCCACAGUUUUACCUCUGAUUUGUUAGUGCUUUUGACUGUAAGGCUACAGGAUAGUCACUGUGCUAAUGAUGGUACUUUGAAGAAGAAAUGGCUGUUUAUUGUUUUAAUAAUAACUGCUAUUACCUUAUAUGAACUUACUAAGGUGCACUAACCAGAUUAACCGGAUCUGUUUUCACUUAGUUUUUGGUAAUUGGUCAUGUUUUGGAGAAAAUCUAGAACAUGUGGUUUAUUGGUUUAUAUUAAUGUUCUUCCUGUGAAUUCAGCUCAUUUUUGAUUGAGUCAGGAAAGGGGGUUUCGCUAAAAACGCUGCAAUUUUGUAACAUUUACAAGUUUUUUUUUUUUUUUUUUAAAUUAAAUUAAAUAUCU